ACCUUAUUUAAAUAUUCCUUGAUCUGUUCCUGAAUCUGCGUGACUCGUUUUUCGUCUUAGGAGAAAAUUUUGGAAAAAAGCUUUUAAUCGCAAUAGUUUACAUUGAAACAAAGCUGCCAGAGUGAAAGUGAUGCUCAGAUUUAUAUUGCAAUGAUAAAACGCCACUGAAAACAGCGGACCAACAUAAAAAAAUGUUCCGAAGUAGGAGUUGGUUCGGUGGAGGCUGGAACCGUCCAAAGAAUCGCCUCUCGCUGGACCACCUGAAAUAUCUGUACAGUGUGCUGGAACGUAACACGACUGUUUCCGAGAAUAAUCGUGGUUUGCUCGUGGAAUCUUUACGUUCUAUAGCAGAAAUUCUUAUUUGGGGCGACCAAAAUGAUUCUUCCGUAUUCGACUUUUUCCUCGAGAAAAAUAUGCUUUCAUACUUCCUUCACAUAAUGCGUCAGAAAAGCGGGGGAUCAAGCUUUGUCUGCGUUCAGCUGCUUCAAACUCUUAACAUUUUGUUCGAAAACAUUCGAAACGAAACUUCCCUUUAUUAUCUGCUGAGUAACAAUUUGGUGAACAGCAUUAUCGUUCAUAAGUUCGAUUUCUCCGACGAAGAUGUGAUGGGAUACUAUAUUCUCUUCCUGAAGACGCUGAGUCUCAAACUAAACACCCACACGAUACACUUUUUCUACAAUGAACAUACUAACGAUUUUCCACUCUAUACCGAGGCGAUCAAGUUCUUCAAUCAUCCGGAAUCGAUGGUUCGGAUUGCGGUUCGCACCAUCACGCUGAACGUAUACAAGGUACAAAAUCCAAACAUGCUGCAGUUCAUCCGGGACAAAACGGCUGCACCAUACUUCAGUAACUUGGUGUGGUUCAUCGGAAAACACAUUCUAGAGCUUGAUGCGUGCGUACGCAACGAUAUUGACCAUCAAUCCCAGCACCGUUUAGCAAAUCUCGUUGCUGAGCAUCUAGAUCACCUGCACUAUUUGAACGAUAUCCUAUGCUUGGAUAUUCCUGACCUCAAUGCUGUUUUGACGGAGCAUCUGCUGCAUAAAUUGCUGGUGCCGUUGUAUAUAUUCUCCCUGACCCCAUCACCUCCCAUAUCCAUGGCCGUAGUGACCCGAAAUUUGGCCGCUGUUCUAAACAAAGUGGUCGAUAUCGAUAUCAAGGAAAUGAACAAUCCACGCGUAUCGAGUGUGGUCGCCCUUUUCUUGCUUUCGUUGGUAUUUCUGGUCGUAACACAUCGUCCACUGAUCAAUGCUCUAACUUGGGUUAUUCUGAACGCCGAUCAUACUGUUUUCAAGGAGGGUACGGCUCAAAUCCUGAAUGCUUAUAUCGACAACCGCGAGGUCGUUGCCUUGGGAUUCGUUCAACCCAUGGAAAGUUUGGAGGAAGCGCUGGAAAGCUCUGUUGCUGGUUGCAGUUCGUAUGCCUACGAUCAAAGUGUAGACGAAGGCCACAGUAGCAGCAGCACUUCAACAAAUAAUGAGGCCCCUGUUUCAGAAUCACCUAGCCCUCCGACUCUUUCAGAUGAAAUAGAAAAAGUGAACAUUACAGACGAGGAAAAGGAAAAACUUAUGCUAAGUGCAUAUCGAACCCCGGAAACGAACAGACCCUUUUUGGAUAUGGUACUUUCUUCUUUGGAUUGCUCCGAGAACGACUAUCUAGCCCUCCUAGCCCUCUGCUUACUCUACGCCCUUGCAAAUAAUAAAGGUGUCAAUGCCGAAUGGCUAGAGAUCGUCUUGAAUCGGUCGUCCCCGAGUGGGAGUUCCAAGUACAAUGUUAUCCUUAUAGAAAAAUUGUUACAAAUUGUAACGCUUUCCAGCCAACCUUCAUGUCGCAUACGUUUGGUAACAAUCGAGCUUACGUUAAAACUUUUGUCACAAAUAAUCGGCGUUGGAACCAGCAAUAUCAGUGCUAGCGAACCCUACAGAAUGGCUCUGUUUUCCGCCCGAAAUCAGAGCAUGACUGUGUUGAGGAACUUCUACAAAUCAGAGGACAUUUUCCUAGACUUGUUUGAAGACGAGUACAACGAAAUGGUGAAGACCACUCUGAACGUGGAGUUCCUGUGUAAUGACUCGACCAUUUUGCUUCCGCCGACUGGAACCCCGCUAACCGGGAUCAGUUUUACCCGGCGACUUCCCUGUGGUGAGGUCGAGAAGGCCCGCCGCGCCAUCCGGGUGUUCUUUUUGCUGCGGAAAAUGUGCCAAAGCAUCACCGGCGAUAGGGAAAAUCUGCUCCCGUUGACCAACCCGAGUACGUGCGUGCAGAUUGAGAAUGCACUGGAUUUGAAUAAUAGCGAUCUGAUCGCUUGCACGGUUGUGAUGCGUGAUGGCACGAAGCACCGGCGAUUUUUGGUGAUGGAUAUUCUACAGCUUAUUUUGGUUGAGCCUGACAGCAAACGAUUGGGAUGGGGUGUGGCAAAAUUUGUAGGUUUCCUACAGGACGUUGAGGUCAACGGAGACAAGGAGGACUCGCGUAGUUUGCACCUGACGAUCCACCGCGGAGGGGCAACGAAUAAUCGUACACCAAUUCUUUCGGCAAAGUUCAUGUUCGAUGAUCAUAUCCGCUGUAUGGCAGCAAAGCAGAGACUCACCAAAGGACGCAGUAAAGCUCGACAGAAGAAAAUGUUUCAAAUCGCUCAACUGUUGGAGAUCCCGGGGCAGUUGAAUGAUAGUUCGUUCCCAUCGCUGAGUACAUCGAGCUCGUCUAGCUCUAUGCUAAAGACGGGUAACGCUAGACAACCUCGAGAGCAUCGCCCUUUGUUUUCGACGAGCAAUCGAGUACCGGGUGUUGCUGCAGCAUUGAGACGCGAUAGCAUGCCGUCGGGAAGUGUUAGUCGCGUUCAAAUCAAUUCAAGUCGUUCCAUCGAUGGGGAUGCCACUGGUGCCCGCCGCAAGACUUCUUAUCCGGUUCGGCGAGAUAGCAGCCAACCGAUUGCCGUGGCUAAAUCCCGUGAAGCAUCUCGAAAUCGCUCCGGCACUCCAAGAUCUCGAGAAUCCAGCCCUCGAGUACCGAGACCGCGAUCGGAAGAAAUUCCAUUGGAAGAUUUCAGACGAUCACAAAACUCGAGUCCGGUAUCGCUUUCGCGCAACUCAUCCAACGGCCCAUCGCGUUCCCAUACUCCAUCGAGGUUGAGCUUAGAACCUUCAUUGGCUACUCCCGGGAGCAGUUCGUCGCAUCAUCCGAUAAUCAUCAACAAUCCUAUCAUGGUGAAGGACGCAUCGGUAACGUCGGCAGUUCCAACGGUUGUAACGAUGGGAGCCAAUUCAACAACUGUCACUAUACCGGUUGAACUUAGUCCCACAUCCGAGGAGACUUCGUUUAUCGCUGGUGAAGAGCGACAGAAGAAACGAGGCGCCAUCGAAACCGUUUAGGUCCUAUAACAUUAAGUGGUUUAGAUCAAUUGUUUUUGUUAUAUCCAUUUUAACCGACAUCAGGACAAAUUUUUAGCGAUUGGACACACAGCAGUUGAUUUAUUUAGUAUAGUGGAAAAUCUUAUUUAUGUUCAUAAAUGUUGGACCAUAAAAA